AUGGGCAAAGGACAGCGCCUCCGGAAAGCCGCCGCCGAUGCCGUAUUGGCUUCUGCCCUGACGGCAAACACAGCGUCCGUGCUCGAGCAGCAACAGCAACAACAGCAGCAGCAACAGCAGAGCUACUCGUGUGUUGUCGUCAAGCCGUCUCCUCUUGAGACCGUCGAGUGUGCUGCGUCGUCUCCGUCCGAGACGUCCGUGUCGUCGUCAGAUGACACGGACGAGCUUCGGGACUUGGCCACAGAGGACCAGCGCGCAGCUUUCCAAGCACUUUUGGACGACAAGGACGCGGUCAAGUCGAAGCUCGACGCGAUGCUGUCGCGUCUCGUGGCGGCGUUCUCGUCCAAGGGCGAGCGCACGGCUGCGGCUGUGGACCUGAGCGUGGCGCUGGAGAUCACUGGGCUGGGCAGUCCAGCGGCGGUGCACGUGCUGGACGAGCUCAAGACGUCGCUCGUGGCCAAGCCGACAGCUGCGCGUGAAGGCGCGUUGCUUGCGCUCGUGGCGCUGUGCAAGCGCGACGCGCUGUCGGUGGCCAUGGAACCAGUGGUUGUCGAGCAGCUGACGGUCCUCAUGCAGCGCCACGCGGACUCGGAGCACGCGGUGAAACACGUUGCAGUGACGCUGGCCAAGUGGAUCGCCCUGAAGGUGAACCCACUGGCGAUCCACUCGGUGCUCAAGCAGAUUUACAAGGCACUCGAGCUGCGGCAGUGGCAGAGCAAAGUCGCGGCCUUGAAGCUGCUGAAAGAGCUCAGUGAGACAGCUAGCGAAGAAGUGUCUGGCUGGCUGCCCGAGAUCAUGCCGAUCGUGACCGAGUACGUGUGGGACACGAAGAAACAGGUGCAAGCUGCAUCCAUUGAGGCGCUGAUUGCCGUGUGCUCGAAGAUCAGCAACGACGACGUUGUGCCCCUUGUACCGACGCUCGUUGGGGUCAUUGCGCGUCCAGAAGAGACCAUGAAGGCGAUUGACAGCUUGUUGGCGACGACGUUUGUUGCGAAUGUGGACGCACCGACGCUGUCGCUGAUUGCGCCGCUACUGCACAAGGCCCUGCGUGACACGAGUAUCCACAGCUCGUCGCUCAAGCGCAAGGCGUCCAAGAUCAUUGACAGCAUGUGUCGUCUCGUCGUGCGUCCAUCGGACGUGAUGCAGUUUGUGCCGCUGCUGUUGCCGCAGCUCGACACGGCCAUUGACCGUCUGAUUGACGCCGAGGUCGUGGAAGCUGCAAAAGAAGCUCGCGCUCACCUGGUGCAUGCUGCAGGCGACGGCGAAGCGAUGGACGAAGACCCGAUUGAGAUCCGUGGGAAGUUGGAAUCCGACAUUCUGACUGCGUUCGUGGAUACGCUCGACCACUUGAUGCACCGCAGCUUGAGCAGCUUCACGCUCGAGUACGUCACGGACGUGUGCACGGAGCUAGCGACCCAGAAUCGCGGAUCCGAGUGGCGCACGAUCGUCCUGGCGUACCUCAUGCCGCACAUGUCCAGCAGCGAUGCCGAGCACGUUUGUGAUGCGUUGCGUGCUGCUGGAGGUGGACUGGGUGAGGAAUGCGCCAAGUCCACCGACCCGAACGACGUGUGCGACCUCGACUUCUCCCUGGCGUACGGUGGCAAGAUCUUGCUGCGCAACGCACGCCUCCGUCUGACUCGUGGCCACCGCUACGGUCUGAUUGGCAAGAACGGCGUUGGCAAGACGACGCUGAUGCGGAACCUCGCAACGGGUGCGAUCGAAGGCUUGCCCGAGACUUUGCGCUCAGUGUACGUGCAGCACGAGGACAUUGUCGAGAGCCAGGGCAGCUUGCUCGAAUCCAUGUGCAAAGCUCCGGAACUGGCCCAUCAGACUCGUGCGGCUGUCGAAACGACGUUGACGGACAUUGGCUUUACGCAGAAGAUGCUGGACGGUGAGAUUGACGCGCUGUCUGGUGGGUGGCGCAUGAAGUUGGCUCUGGCGCGUGCCAUGCUGUACAAUGCCGACGUGCUGUUGCUGGAUGAACCGACGAAUCACUUGGACGUCCACGCGGUGCAGUGGCUGGUCGACUACCUCAACUCGCUCGACACGAUGACAGUGUUGCUCGUGUCGCACGACACGGGGUUUUUGGACAAUGUGUGCACGGACAUUUUCCACUACGAGUCGAAGAAGUUGGUGCUGUACCCCAUGACGUUGUCGCAGUUUGUGGCUAUCCACCCCGAGGCAAAGCACUACUACGAGCUCAAGUCGUCCGACAUGGUGUUCAACUUGCCCGAACCAGGUCGCCUCGAAGGGAUCAACUCGAUGACGCGUCGGAUCUUGACGCUCGAGAACGCCACGUACUCGUACCCUGGCGCCACGAAACCGCAGCUCGAAGACGUCUCGGUCAAGCUGUGCCUGGCCUCUCGUGUUGCUGUGAUUGGCGUCAAUGGCGCAGGCAAGUCGACGCUGAUCAAGAUGCUCGUGCAAGAGACGUCGCCCGACACGGGCACGUUCUGGAAACACCACGCGGUGCGCGUCGCGUAUGUCGCGCAGCACUCGUUCCACCACGUGGAAAAGCACUUGGACAGCAGUCCCGUCGAGUACUUCCAGUGGCGCUUUAAUGGCGAGAAUGGCGUCGACCGCGAGCUCGGGGACCACGUCAACUUGAAGCAGUCGGACGAGGAGAAGAGUCUGUAUGGCCAGAAACAAGGUCAAGUGGAGAAGAUUGUGUCGCGGACCAAGGGCAAACGGGGAACGCUCGAGUACGAGUGCAAGAUGGUGGGCCUCACUGAGCGCCACAACAAGCGGUUCACGCUCGAGCAGCUCCAGGACAUGGGUCUAGGCGCCUUGGCCGAAGCCGAAGACAUUCGACAAGCCACUCUGUCCGGUGGCCUCGACCUGCGGCCAUUGACCACAAAGGAGAUCCAGCGCCACUUGGACGACUUUGCACUACCUGCUGAGUUUGGGACGCACGGCAACAUCCGGGGCCUCUCGGGUGGCCAGAAGGUCAAGUUGGUGAUUGCGGCGGCCAUGUGGAACCGCCCGCACCUGCUCGUGCUGGAUGAGCCAACGAAUUACUUGGACCGCGCGGCACUGGGGGCAUUGGCCGACGGCAUUCGGCAGUAUGCCGGUGGUGUGAUUAUGAUUUCCCACAGCGAAGAGUUUUACAACUCGCUGUGCACGGAAAAGUGGCUGGUGGAAGCCGGUCGCUUGACGAUCAUUGGCGAGGCGCAAGAGAAGGAGUACCGCGCCGGAGGUGGCCGCAAAGUGAUUGACGAGGAGCCCGAAGAGGAGAAGAAGGUGGGCAGCAACCACAAUGUGAGCAUGAAGCGCACGAAGCUGACGAACCCCAAGACGCUGCGGCCGCUGAGCAAACAGCAGAUCCGCAAGCUGAGCAAACUGUGCAAAGCGGCGGGCGUGUCGUUUGACGACUUUGUCGACAGCCUCACGCGCGAGAGUCCCGAGUGGAAGUGGCUGUAG